GCAACCCCAACAUUUAACCCGUUUCUCACCACUUUUCCGCUAAUAACAACUCUCACCCACCCACCCACUCACUCGCUUAUACAAUAGAAUACAAAGUUCACUUGUUGUUCCAAUCAAUCAAUCAGUCAAUCCCAGCCCCCUGUCCUGUUCAACUCUUGGCAUCGCUCUUCCCCCUUCCCCCCCAAGACUUUAACAUGCCCUGGGGCGCAGAGAUUGACGCGUCCGAAUCCGUCUCUGAUUCGAACGACGAAGGGGGUGGUCUGGAUCAUUCGGAUGAGGGGGAGGGUCACCAAGACAAUAAUAAUACCCAGCAUUUGGCCAAACGGAGACGUGUGGGAGAUAAUCAUCUUCAUCCAUCCAUGGAGGGGAAUGGGAAUGUAGCUCCUGUUGCUGGGAUGGGAGGAGGGGGGGUUGUUGAUCCGAGUUUGGGUGGCGGUGGAGGAGGAGGAGGAGGAGGAGGAGGGAAUGAUGGAAGGGUGCCUUAUUUCAAGCCUGGGUUACCUGAUCCUGACGAUAAAGGGGAGAAUGACUGUUUUUUUGAGGAUUGCCAGACCAGGGCGGGGGGGAAUCAAUAUUUUAUCAAGCACCUGAUGGACAAGCACGGCCUUAUCAGGGGUGACCAAGGGCGUCAAGAAGGCGGACGAAGGAAGGCGCCCAAAUAUCUGGCCGUAUGCCCUACCAACUGGCCGUUUAAUUACGGCACCAGCUCGUCAUGUGGGCCUUGUUCCGAUAUCACCACACUGCUCAACGUUGUGGGAGAGCACAACCACGAGUCGCCCGCCAUCUGCUCCUUCUGUUGGACUUAUUUUGGAGAUAGGGCAGGGCUUGCCGCCCACAUCAACCAGGGCCCUUGUCGGAGUAACGAGGGAUUUAGCAGAAAGCUGACUCUGAUCAGGCACAUGUUUGCUACCGCCCUGAGAAUACCGGACGGCCCUGAGUUGGCGAAGCAGUCGGAAGGACAGAGGAGGGCCCAUGCAGAAGCGGAGAGGGCGGCGAGGGCGGAGAAAUACGCCGCGGAACAGUUGGCGGAGCAGGAGUGGAGGAAUCAGCAGCAGGCGCAGAGGAGGCAAAGGCAGCAGAGGGGAGGGUCGCCUCCGAUGGUGGCUGCUCCGGCGCCGGCGGUGCAGGCGGUUGUGGUGGGGAACAACAGGAGAAGGACUACUGGGGCGGUUGCAAAUGGUGCUCUACAGGGACAGCAGCAGCAAGUGGUCCAACAGCCGGGCUUUCAUGGGAGUCCCAUGGGCCAGCAGUUUGCUAUCUCGGCGGGUGGGGGAAUUGAUGGGUUGCCUGGGUUAGCUCAACAAGCGGCCGGAGUCUCACCGGGCGCGGCGCCGGACUAUGUGGUGCCUGCGGCCACGGCGGAGGCGAUGGCGAGGAGUAUCGAACGGCUUUCUGGUAUCAUAGGGGACCUCACGGCGACGAACUCGCAACUAUUGCAGGAAUUGCGGUCACGGGACCAGCACAUAUCCAACCGGGACAUACAAAUUCGGAGCAGGGAGGAACGGAUCAACGCGUUGUCGGCUGAAAACAAGAAGCUCUCGGCUGAGGUGGCAAGGCUCACAGCCAUCGCAAGCGGACAGUUGGGUAUUGAUGGCGCCGGUGGUGUGGUUAUGGGCGGCGACAGUGGUUUGGACCAGGGCGAGCCGAUGGAGGACGCCGAGGAGGUUUAAGUUUGGUGGUGGAAUUGUUUGCCACGGGAGUAAUAAUGUUAUUGAUACCCGGUUUUUGUUAUUGUUUACUUUUUGUAGCCUCUUGUUGAGGUUUAAUAUGGAUUCGUUGAGGUAGUCUGUUUGAGUAUCGGCGAGAAAAGUUGUCUGGUUUGAUUGACGAAUGGCUUGAAGAAGUUGCUCAUACCUGUUUUGACUGUCUUUUGAAGUGUGUCUACUAUUUUUUGAGUUAGAGCUAUUAUUCAUUCUGAAAGGCGUGUCUAAUAUUUUCGAAGUCUAUUUAUUAUCUUUCAAACCAAGCAUAGCUUAUUCCUAGCUUUUAUUAUAGACACGGACAAGUUUGCCGCGGUGGUCUACCUCUCCGCGACAUCCUUA